AUUGCUCCACUGUCAUUCCAUCUCAUACUUUUCUAGACAUUCGUUUGUUCAAGAAGCAGAAAAAAUGUCCGUCGAUGAAUCCUUUAGCAGAAAAGCAAAAGAUGUGGCGGCCGGUUUUAUUGGCGGAGCAACGCAGGUGCUCAUAGGCCAGCCGGCCGACUUGGUGAAAAUCAGACUCCAGACUUCAACCACCACAUCUUCUGCAGACAUUAUCAAGCAAGUCUUGACAAAAGAGGGACCUUUGGCCUUUUAUAAGGGAACUUUGGCCCCCCUUUUCGGUGUGGGUGCUUGUGUUUCACUCCAGUUCUAUGGCUUUCAUGAGACCAAAAGGCAACUUCUCAAAAAUAGCGGUGAAAGCCAGCUUCUGCUCUGGCCACAAACUUACAUUGCUGGUGCCAUGGCUGGUGUUGUGAAUACCCCGGUCACUGCACCGGUAGAGCAGCUCCGUAUUCUCAGCCAGUCAAGUACAAAGUCCACGUCCCUCAAAGAUACCGUGAAGAAAAUUUAUGGUGCACACGGCUUUGCAGGGCUUUACCGUGGAACCACCAUUACUCUCAUAAGAGAAGUUCAAGCGUAUGGCGUAUGGUUUCUCACAUACGAGUCGCUUAUUCAGGGUCUUAUAAAUCAACGUGGAUAUAAACUGAGGGGCGAUAUUUCGACCAUAGAGCUUUUGGGGUGUGGUGCAUUGGCUGGAAACGCUUUGUGGCUUAGCAGCUACCCCCUAGAUGUGAUCAAAAGCAAUAUUCAAAGUGACAAAUUUGGCGCUGACUCGAAGUACGAUGGAAAGAUCUCUUCUGCCACGAGGGCUAUCUGGGCAGCCAAUGGUAUGAGGGGUUUUUGGAAAGGAAUCGUGCCGUGUCUUCUCAGAGCAGUUCCUUGCAGCGCAGGGACUUUUGCCGCUGUGGAGACAGCAUUGAGAAUCAUGGGAUAAGCUCUGAACUGAGAAGCAUUGAUGAAUAUUCAAUCUAAUCUUGCAUUGGUCAACUUAUAUUCGGAGUCAAAUUAUCGGGACCUGUUUUAGGUGGUAUUACCAAGAAAUGCAAGUCAUAUUUUAUAGUCAUAGCUAUGGGGAGAAUAUUC